GGUUAUGCCAUUGCCCGCAUUGAGUCUUGCAGCGUCACACUGACGGAAGCAGAUGGGAUGACGAAACAGGAGAAAGGGCAGAAGAGCCCGCAUCAUGCGGUGCGACACAACACGCGCAGCCAGUCAUAUGGCGGGAAUCUGGUGAUGCUACGGUAAAACGCGCGUUAGAGUGGAAGGCAACAACAUAAUCGGACGCUUGUCAUGCGCCUGAUAAGGCGGAGGGCCAAUGUGACGAUCUGAUAUGCACUGACGGAGCACUGCGUAUGUAUUGGGAUAUAACUUUUGAGCAGCGUUGAAUUGUUUGAACAGGACGAAGCUCGACGUGAUAUAAAUAAAUCCACAUUCCCCGCGUGCUAUUCUAGGGUAUAAAGAAGUUCAGUCCAUCAGUCUGUCACAGAAUUCACUCACUCACUUUGUAACCAUCUCACUCAUCGUCUUAUUCCCAUCAACUCACUCAUAAUCUCACCUAACUCACUUAUUCACUCACAACAUGGAGGCCAUCUUCCAAGCCCAGGCCAAGUUCCGCCUCGACCGCGGCCUCCACAAAAUCACCGCCAUCCGCAACAAAAACUAUAAGCGCCACGGCACAAAGUCCUACGUCUACCUCCUCAACCGCUUCGGCUUUGAGCCCACCAAGCCCGGCCCGUACUUCCAGGAGCACCGGGUUCACCAGCGGGGCCUCGUUCACCCAGACUACAACGCCCCCGUCGGUGGCCGCGUUCACAUCACAAAGGCGCUGCACAAGAAGAAGAACCACCAUGGAGCUCUUGAUGCCAACGGAACGGAGAAGGGAGAAGUUGGCGCCGAGGAUCAGCAGAAUGACUCUGAGUACUUGUGCGAGGUUACUAUUGGAACGCCCGGACAGAAGCUGCUGCUAGACUUUGACACCGGUUCAUCAGAUCUCUGGGUCUUCUCCACAGAACUCAGCAAGAGCCUCCAAAAGAACCACACCAUCUUCAACCCAUCUGAAUCCUCCACAUUCAAGAAGCUCUCCGGCCAGACCUGGCAAAUCUCCUACGGCGACGGCUCCUCCGCCUCCGGCGACUGCGGCUCCGACAACGUCACCAUCGGCGGCCUCACCAUCAAGAACCAGACCGUCGAGCUCGCCUCCAAGCUCGCCGCGCAAUUCGCCCAGGGCACCGGCGAUGGUCUUCUGGGUCUUGCUUGGCCGUCCAUCAACACUGUUGCUACGAAUGGACGAUCUACUCCUGCUAACACGCCUGUUGCGAACAUGAUUACUCAGGAUGAUGUUCCUAGCAACGCAGAGCUGUUCACUGCUGCGUUCUACAGCGAGCGUGAUGCAAAUGCAGAGUCCUUCUACACCUUUGGCUACAUCGAUCAGGAUCUUGUCACAGUCUCUGGCCAAGACAUCGCCUGGACUGACGUCGACAACUCCCAAGGCUUCUGGAUGUUCCCCUCAACUAGCUCUUCCGUCAAUGGCCAGGCCAUCUCACAAUCCGGCAACUCUGCCAUCGCCGAUACCGGAACCACCCUCGCUCUCGUCUCAGACGAGGUCUGCGAUGCUCUGUACAAGGCCAUUCCCGGAGCUACUUACGACGACCAACAGCAAGGCUACGUCUUCCCCAUGAGCACCGACGUGUCAAGCCUCCCCGAAUUCAAGGUUUCCGUUGGAGACACUCAGUUUGUCAUCCAGCCUGAGGAUCUGGCGUUUGCCCCAGCAGACGACAACAACUGGUACGGUGGUGUUCAGUCCAGGGGAAGCAACCCCUUUGACAUUCUCGGCGACGUGUUCCUGAAGUCUGUUUAUGCGAUCUUCGAUCAGGGUAACCAGCGAUUCGGUGCGGUUCCCAAGAUCCAGGCAACUCAGAACCUGAACUCUUCUUCCGCUCAGUAAAUAUUGACGCCAAGUGCGUCACAUUCGUUCGCAUAAUUGCGAGAUAUAGUGUACUUGUGAAUUAGCAACAGACAUGCAGGCAAUAAAUUCGUUAUGCU